GAUAUGUGUGCGUGUGUGCUCAUAUGUUGUCGACUAGUAAUAUUUGGACAGGAAAGCGAGAUCUAGAUAAUCUGUGCGUAAAAAACAACCCGUUUCGAAGAGUGUUGGGUUCUAAUGAGGUAAUACGUUUCAUGCGGUGAGUUGGUCAAUUGUAACGCGUUAAAAUGUGAACAACAGACGAAUUUCGGAAUAGAGUUGGAUGAUUGAAAUAGCCGCCGAACUGUUAUUUAUACGCGAACUUUUGACGCAGAUCAUUGCAAACAUUUAUUAAUUAAAAUGUGAAAUGAUAGUAAAUCAUAUGUGAUACAAACAUCGCAGUGAGUGUGUUUUCUAACCCGGAAAUGUUUUUUUGAAAUAGGAUUUUUCUUUCCGGGGUUAAUUUACCGACGCACCAACAAGAUGUCGGAUCCAGAUUUAUUACGAAGAAACUUUUCGUUUCAAAUGCAAAUUGGCCUCACCAGGGAACAAGUUAACGUAGAGGGAGAGCUAACACUUGCAAGUUUGAAGGACAUAGCGUGUGCCUUUGUUGACCGAAAGUAUCCAGAACAUGGCUUUUAUGGCAUUGCGGACAAGAUCUUGCUGUUCCGACAUGAUGCCACCUCCGCCAAUGUGCUGCAGAUUGUCAACCACCCGGGGGACAUCAUAGAAGGCUGUCUGGUCGAGGUCGUGUUGUCAGCCCAGGCCACCAUGGAAGAACUUCAGAUCCGACCUCACUUGUUGUUUGUGCACUCCUACAAAUCACCACACUUUUGCGAUUUCUGUGGAGAAAUGCUUUUUGGACUCGUGAAACAGGGAAUCAAGUGUGAAGGUUGCGGACUGAAUUUCCACAAGCGUUGUGCCUUCAAAAUCCCAAAUAACUGUUCGUAUGAUCGCCAGCGUAGAACUUCCACCAGCAGUGUAAGCAGCAUCUCGUAUUCACUGAAGGAAAAAGCUGAACCAACAACCCCCACCACUGAUACGUGCUCGGUAGCCUCUCUACCUCCCCUGUCCCCCGGGCCCCGUAGUCCGCGCCACCUGGGCUCCUCACGACCCAUCAGCCUGGGGCAGGCUGACAGCAACCCUCGCAAGGAUCAGAAGACUAAAUACAGUACGCUGACAGUUCCUGGUCAACCACUACUAGAGAGUCGUAGUAGCCGCUCAAAGUCCUGGAGUGGACGACCCCUGUGGCUGGAGCGGGAGUUUGCCAGUCGCAUCAAGGUGCCCCACACGUUUGUCGUGCACAAUUACACCCGGCCCACCAUCUGUCAGUGGUGCCGCAAACUUCUGAAGGGCCUUUUUAGGCAGGGAGUACAGUGUAAAGAUUGUCGUUUUAAUUGCCACAAGAAAUGCAUGCCUCAAGUCCCAAAGGACUGUGCAGGAGAUAGAGAUAUUCCACCAGUUGGGGAAAACUAUUAUGAGGCGGGUAGCGACCAGGCGGAGGUGGAGAGCAACAACGGCACAGAGGCCACUGACAUCCCUGAGGACGACGGUCUCCUUGACGACAUAGACAACGAAGAGCAGGGCAGAAAACCACCACUGAGUCCAACCCAGAGUAGCAACAUUCCGCUGAUGAGGAUCGUACAGUCGGUGAAGCAUACCAAGAGGACGGGAUCCAAGGUGCUGAAAGAGGGCUGGAUGGUUCACUUUACAGACAAGGAUAGCCAGCGCCGAAGACACUACUGGAAGCUGGACAGUAAAUGUGUCACGAUGUUUCAAAACGAGAACUCCACUAGAUAUUACAAGGAGAUUGCCCUCAACAACAUACUGGGCAUUGAUGCAUUCAAAAUGGACCCGAGCGCAGAAUUCCCACGGGCACCCCACAUAUUUGAGAUACGGGUCUCGAACGUGAUCUACUACGUGGGAGAGGACCCGUUCUACGGGUCGGAGGAAGGCAGCCUCGUGGUCUCCACGGAGAGUGGCAAGGGGCUGGAGCAGGCACGCCACUGGGAGCAUGCCAUACGCCAGGCCCUCAUGCCGGUCACACCCACUUCCAGUAUUAACCAGGGUACACAACCCCCCAAAUAUGGUCAGACAAACCAUACCGGAGUGAUGGAAGAGCCUCAUGACAUCAGUCAGCUCUACCAGAUCUUCCCCGAUGAUGUUCUGGGGUCUGGGCAGUUUGGAAUUGUUUAUGGCGGCAAGCACCGCCGUACAAACAGCGAGGUGGCCAUCAAGGUGAUAGACAAGAUGAGGUUCCCCACUAAGCAGGAGGCCCAGCUCAAGAACGAGGUCUCCAUACUGCAGAAUCUUCAUCAUCCAGGAGUUGUUAAUCUCGAGAAAAUGUUUGAGACACCUGAAAGGAUAUUUGUUGUUAUGGAGAAAUUAAAAGGAGACAUGUUGGAAAUGAUUUUAUCAAGUCCACGGGGCCGACUCAGUGAGCGUGUCACAAAAUUCCUUGUCUCUCAGAUCCUAGUUGCCUUGAAGCACCUGCACUCCAAACACAUUGUGCACUGUGAUCUGAAACCAGAGAACGUACUGCUCUCCUCAGAAACAGCAUUCCCACAGGUGAAGCUAUGUGACUUUGGUUUCGCCAGAAUCAUUGGAGAGAAAUCAUUCAGGCGAUCAGUUGUAGGGACACCAGCAUAUCUAGCCCCAGAAGUUUUGAAGAGUAAAGGAUACAACCGUUCCCUUGACAUGUGGUCUGUAGGAGUAGUCGUCUAUGUGAGUCUCAGUGGCACAUUCCCGUUCAAUGAAGAUGAGGAGAUCAAUGACCAGAUCCAGAACGCAACCUUCAUGUACCCACCUACACCCUGGAAGGAGGUCUCACAGGAAGCUAUUGACUUGAUUAGUAACCUGCUGCAAGUGAAGAUGAGGAAACGGUUCACAGUGGACAAGUCCCUGGCUCAUGUGUGGCUGCAGGAUUAUCAAACAUGGUGCGACCUUCGUAAGCUGGAGCAACUGGUAGGCCAGCGAUAUCUCACGCACGAGUCUGACGACGAACGGUGGGAAACAUUUCGUCGCGAGAGGAACAUGAAAGUUUGGCAAGACGUAGGCCAGAAAGGUGUAAAUGAAAAGUACAAUUUAAGCAAGUCUCGUGAUCGUAACACCCCCAGUUCAGGCACCACUGUGUCAUGACCUAUGCUUCUUUGUAUGGUGUCGUCUGAUUUGUCCAUGGUGAUGUUACCUGCUCUGCUAUUGGUCAUAUUUGCUUUGAGAUCUCUGUCUUUCUCCCAGUCUAGUAUUGACCACGUUUUUUGUGGUUUCCAUUACUUGAGAUAAUUUCAGGUGACUUUGUUCACACAUACACACACACAAUAUAUCAUUGAUCUUCCAUUGUUUUGUCCUGUGAAACUUUCCAACAUUAUGAGUAGAUGCAUAAGAUUGCUUUUCUUUAACAUUUUUCUUGCUCAAAGAUUUCUUGUGAUUUAAAUUUCUGAACUUUCAUUUCAUGAGCAUUUGUUCUUUGUAUUGAAAGCUUGUUUAACAUCCGUUUGAUAAGAGUAAAAAAGAGUCUCUUUCACAAUUAAAUAUGAAUCAAAACAGCAAAUAGAAAAUAAACUUAUUUACCAAAUUUGAGUGUGUUGUGUUUUUUAAGUCUAAAAUGUGUUUAUAAAGACACAUGAAAGCAAUAGCAAUAUAUUAUUGAAUGCUUUCUUUUAACUCGCGGAGCAAAAUAUAUGCAUAAAGCAAGUUACUAAAUGCAAUCUCAUACAUUUACUCAAUUUACUGUAUAUUGUUAGUGUACCCAAUCCUGUUAUGCAAUCUUAUUUUUUUACAUAUUUUGUAUCCACUUUAUUACUAUACAUACAUUAAAUUUUCAUUAUAUUAAUCCUGUAACGUAAUUGAAUAGGAGAACUUUUUUUCGUUUUUAGCUCACCUGUCACGUAGUGACAUAGUGAGCUUAUGUGACCGUGUGAUGUUCCGCGUCCGUAUGUGCGUGCGUUCUUGCAUGUGUGUGUGCGUGCGUGUGUCUGUCAACAAUUUGUUUGUGUAGACAGUAGAGGUCACAGUUUUCAUCCAAUCUUUAUGAAAUUUGGUCAGAAUGUUUAUCUUGAUGAAAUCUGGGUUGGGAUUGUAUUUGGGUCAUAUGGGGUCAACAACUAGGUCACUAGGUGAAAAACUGGGUCACAUAAUAGGUCAGAUAAUAGAAAAACCUUGUUUAUACAAUAGAGGUUGCAGUUUUCAUCCAAUAUUUAUGAAAUUUGGUCAGAAUGUUAAUCUUGAUGAAAUCUGGGUUGGGAUUGUAUUUGGGUCAUCUGGAGUCAAAAACUAGCUCAUUAGGUCAAAAACUAGGUCAAAUAAUAGAAAAACCUUGUGUUUAUCUUGAUAAAAUCUGGGUUGGGAUUGUAUUUGGGUCAUCUGGGGUCAAAAAAUAGGUCACUAGGUCAAAAACUAGGUCAAAUAAUAGAAAAACCUUGUGUAGACAAGAGAGGUCGCAGUUUUCAUCGAAUCUUUAUGAAAUUUGGUCAGAAUGUUUAUCAUAAUGAAAUCUGGGUUGGGAUUGUAUUUGGGUCAUCUGAAGUCAAAAACCAGGUCACUAGGUCAAAUAAUAGAAAAACCGUCAACAGUUUGUUUGUGUAGACUGUAGAGGUCACAGUUUUCAUCCAAUCUUUAUAAAUUUGGUCAGAAUGUUUAUCUUGAUGAAAUCUGGGUUGGGAUUGUAUUAGGGUCACCUGGGGUCAAAAACUAGGUCACAAGGUAAAAAACUAGGUCACUAGGUCAAAAACUAGGUCACUAGGUCAAAAAAUAGAAAAACCUUGUGUAGACAAUAUAGGUCACAGUUUUCAUCCAAUCUUUAUAAAAUUUGAUCAGAAUGUUUAUCUUUAUGAAAUCUGGGUUGGGAUUGUAUUUGGGUCAUCUGGGGUCAAAAACUAGGUCACUAGGUCAAAUAAUAGAAAAACCUUGUGUAGACAAUAGUGGUCACAGUUUUCAUCUAAUCUUUAUGAAAUUUGGUCAGAAUGUUUAUCUUGAUGAAAUCUGGGUUGGGAUUGUAUUUGGUUAGUCAGGUGAGCGAUUCAGGGCCAUCAUGGCCCUCUUGUUACUUUUCCUAUACAUGUUCUAUUCAGGUCAGUAGUAAUUACUGAAUGGAAUGACUCUGAAUACAAAUGGUCAUCAAUUUAUUAUGCAAGACUGAUUGAAUUGUUUGUACUUUGAAACAAACAUUUUGGUACAUUUCUGAACUUAUAUUUUUAAUUUAUACACUUUAAGCAGUAUAUUUAUUGUCGUACACAUGAUAAGCAUUUUUUAAUGAAAAGCAUAAGUAUUUUCCUUGUUUAGGAUGUGGUUUUCUCAAAGAUUACAGAUCUUGAAACAUUUUUGUAUGAAGCUGUUUGAAAAAAAGUUGUAUAAGAAUAAUAUUUAAAGAAAAUUUUAUUGCGAAAUAAUUGUAAUACACACAGGUCAUUUGACUUGAUGUUAAUUUACCCUGAAGCAGUUUCUUUCUGGUAUAUAAUAAAUAUGUGCUUUUAAAACCAUAGUUCAAAUAUCAAUUAUUAAUUUUCAUGAAAGAAUUUGUGAUAGAAUUUUCACUCAGAACUUAAAAUGUUCAUUAGGAGUUGAAUUUGGCCCAGUUUAAAAUAUUCAUAUCAUUAGACUGUGAUUGUGAAUGGAUCAGAAUCAAAAUAGCCAAUCAAACCAUCAUCAUACUUAAACUAGUUUUCCUAGUUUUCAAUCAUCUGGUAAUUAUCAGUAAAAUCUUAUGAAUGUACAUUUCACUAUUUUAUUUAAGAAAACAACAGUAGCUUCAUUGCAAUGGAAAACUACAAGGCUGCCUUUCAGGUGAUGGUUGUUCUGUAACUCUGAAGGGCAACAUACAGCACUUAACUGUGAACCUCUACAACUGUGUCAAAGCAGUAUGUGGGAUUAUUUGUAAAAAAUUCCCCAAAGGGACCUUUUCACGUUUUGGUAAAUAAAUUGAAAAAAAAAAGUGUUUGGGGUUCAAAUAUCUUCGUUGUAGUUAUGCUAUUUGUGAGGAAACAGUAAUAGUUACCAUGCUCUUAAAUAUCCAUUAUAUGCAUCUUUUGACGAUGUAAAAAACCUGAAAAUUAUAACCCGUUUGCAACGCGAAACAAUGAAUAAUCUGAAGAGCUCUGUUGUUGUCGUUAUAUUUUGUGACACUACUAGGAUUGCUUAUAUAAAGUAUAAAAUUCAUCACUCACUGUAUUAGCACAGAUGGCCAAGUGGUCUAAGCAUUAGACUUGUACUUCAGGGGUCAGUGUUUCGAGCCCAGUUGAGGGUAACUUUUUUUUCUUUAAUUUAAUUCUUAUUUUUUACUGGAGAUUUUAAGAUCCAAUGUUUACAUUUAUCAAUAUAAAUCAUUUAAUGACAAAUUUCAAUACAUGCCAAAAUCUGUGAAAAUGUCCCUUUAAUAGAACUAAUUGUAAUUGAUUUGUUAUAUUUUCAUGCAGAGAUUUGAAGUGUGACAAAUUGAAAAUAUUUUCCUAAAUGUCAUUAAUAAAAAAGUAUCUCUAGAGUAUAGUUAUAUUGAUGUUGUGAAAGAUGAUGGAUACAUCGACCCAGGGACCUAGCAAUAUAUUUUACCAGUACAUUCCCUUUUAUACCUGGUGUGUUUAAAACAUUAUUGUAUUCUAAUACAUUUUAUAUAGUAUACAUAGAUGGUGUCUCAAACAACUUUGCUGGCGGCAUAGUUCAAAGUAUAAUUUUCUCUUCACUUAUUGGUAGGUAGCAGAUUGUUGCCUUAAUUUUUUGUAUUUCCUCACUAGUUGUAUAUAUAUAUAUUACUAUCUAUCAUAAAAUUCCGCCAUUGGAUUACACUAUUUCAGAUUGAAACCAAAAAGACUUAAUGAAACUUUGGCCAAAAGACGUUGAACAUCCAUAUUCCUCCUUAUUUAUUGACACAGUAUUAUCAUAGUACCUGAAUUUAUUUACCAGUUCAUAAAAUGUUUUUGAAAUCAUGAUAAUUUUUUUAAUUAUGGAGUCUUUUUUGGUCAUGGUUUUGUCACAAGUCCAUCCAAGACUUAUUCAUACUUUUUUGAGUCUGUUUGCUUGGAAGAACCAAUUAUGUGUGCUUUGAGGAAAAUUGCUUAAACAACUCAUUGAUAGGUGCAGAAUUCUUAAUCUUCCAUUAAAGGUUUUAAUAGGCCGCUUAGUUUACAGACGUUGGAAAAAUAGAUGAAGAAAAAUCAAAAUGAAGUGAAAUUUUUGUCAUAUUGAAAAAACAUUGCUGCAGAGCUGUGAAUAUUUCUACUACAUGUAUUUGUUCAUGUAGUAAGCAUUUGAAUCUGUUGUUUUUAUUUAUUUAUUUUAAAUCUAAGUGCGUGUCUAGUUUGUACAAAAUUGCAGUUCAAUUUUAAAUGAAUUUAUUUGAGCCUGUGGAUUAGCUGUUUAUCUGUUAUUCAUUACUUGAAGUUCAACUCUUUUUAAUCGUAGCUUUGUAACUGGUGUUUGUAUUAUAUUAUUCACUGUUGCCAUAGGGAAAUAGUAUCUACUUAUAGAAAUAUUAUAGAAAUACUUUGUUACAUAUGUUUCAUAUCACACAUUUAUUUGUUAUAAUUUGUUUCAUUGCUAGUCAUUUGUAUAUAAAUAAAAGAAAAUUAUGUUUUGUUUGUAGGUAGGAAAGGUAAAAGGUAUUUGUUAAAUCUUAUGUGCAAAUAAAGAAUUUAUUUUAUUGAGGUAGUUGUAGAUUUUCUAAUGUAUUGAAAUAAAUAUGAUGAUUUAUGAUUUGUGUUAAAGUGUCUAAAACAUGUCUAUACCGGUUUUUAUAAGUUGGGAACUCCGAGAAAUUCAUAGUUUUUUUCUUCAAUUGCUGCAUGUUUCUGUGUUUGUCUUUUACUUCUACCAUGACACUUAUUGUUUGCAUGAUUAGUUGUUGUAGGCCGUUUUCCAAAUUAAUUCAGUUAACAUGUGUUUAUUUAUGGGUCGCAGUACUAAAGGUCAGGCCAGAAAAGUCAGAAACCCAUGAAUAAAAAUUAAUAUGGUGAUUUAAGUAAAAACCAAAAUUAAGAAACAAAAAUAAAUAGCAUUAAUACCAUGUUUGCAAAUUAUGUAAUUAACGUUACAUUAUAAAUUGAUGCAAUCAUAUAUUUUAUUUGUGUACAUGUUCAUGAACUUGCAGGAAUUUACAUUUGCAUUUGACAUGCUUCUAAAUUAUCACACAUUUUGCUUUGUAUAUCUGUAUGUUUUUUUUAAUUAUUAAGUAAAGCAAACCAAUUAUGUGCCAGAAACUAUUCUUAAAAAUUCCUCAACAGAAAGAUAACAUUUGCUGCGAAACAUCAGCGCAAAAUGGCGGAGUUUGCUAAUUAAAGCUAAUGGCCAAUUUGCUAACAUAUAGAGGAUAUGUGUAAGUUUUCAGUGUGAUAAUACUUUAUAUUAUUACUGGAAAGGGAGGAAAUUAAUGUAUUUGCAUUUAUACCUGUAGCUUGCCUGUUUGCUGGGAAUGCUAUGUUGUUGUUCUUUAAACGGUCCAAAUGACUGCUGUUAUUUUAUCGUCUUUAAAUAUUUUGUACAAUUGUUAUUGUUAACUUCUAUAUUAUUAUAACAUAUACCGGUACUUUUAUUUAUUUCUCUGAAAUUGCACAUGAAACUUUGAUUAUACCCAGCUAUGAUUGUGUACUGUAUUUUGAUGCCUUAAACAUCUGGUCCCUGUUUAAUAUAAUAUCUUCAGAUAUAUAAAAAAUAUUUAACAUCUUUUAUUAUUUAGUGAAUUGACCUUUCGACAGCCGAUUGAUUGACAGGCUUAUUAACCAAUCAGAUUACAGCAUAGAUUAGGCCCGUUACUAUCCGCCAUUUUGUCCGUCAAACUCGCCGUUGUCCGACACAUAAGCUUAUACGUAAUUCUGUGUUUUAAAAAAAGAAAAUGGUUAAAAGGUGCUGUUAUGGCACUUGUUAUUCAGACACAAGGUAUCCAGAACGGUUAAAAGAUGGAAGUACGUUUUUUCCGUUCCCUCAACCGGGUACUAAUCUUGAAAAAUUCAAACGUUGGAUUCGUCUUUGUGGUCGUCCACACGAACAGCUUAAUCUCAACAUAUUAAGCGAUCGCCCGAAAGCAAAACACAGUCGUUAUAAUAAGAUACUACGCGAAAAUAGAAAAUGUAAGUUUUGCAACGGACACGUUAUAAAAAAGAGUAUAACUUUGUACUUGUUUAUCCUCUAUAUAGACAAAUUAGAAAGGAACAUUUAAAACCAUUUUUCAAAGGUGGCCAACGUUAAAUAAAUUUGACAUUCUAAUGCAGUCGGCAAAUAAAUAAGACAUUAUAAACUUUGCUAGAUUUUUUUAAUGCUAAUGAAAUGCGUAAUAAUAAAGACAAUCAGUUAUUAUUUUUAAUAAUAUCACAUAGAAUAAAACAUUUUUUAUUUCUUUCGGUUUAAGUCUUCCAAAUUUAAUGUAAGUUAAGAAACUAUUUUAAAAUGCGCAAGUAAUUAUCAAUAGGGGCCAAUAAGUGUCAUUUUACACCAUAUGUGGGCUUUCUACUAAUCCGUUAUCAAAACAGAUGCCGCAAACUGUGAAUGACCCUUUGAAAACCCGGUCUGAUUAGCGAGUUUUUUGUACAUGAAAAUUCUUUCAACUUCUUAUAUUUUAAACAUUGCAGAAGAUAGUUUUCGAGGAAAUAAUAAUAUAUAAUAAUAUAUUGUGUAUGUUACUUUUUGACGACUUUGACUGUUAUACGAUGAUAACAAUGCUCAUGGGUUAUUUUGACCAAACGCAUUGUAGAUAUGUGUUAUAUCGGAUUUCAAUAAAAACGUUCUUCGUCUUCUGAUAUAAUAAAUUUACUUACCUGUGCCACAUUUGCGAUGUUGCCAUCGGUUGCAAAAAUUAACGGCUUUUAAUUAAAAAACUGAAACAUCUAUUACUCAAGGAAAAAUAGUGUGACUAACGAACAAUUCAUACUGUAUGCGAUAAUUGGCGAUAAUUUUGCCGACUUUGAUGAUUAAUUUAACGGCUUUUAAGUAGACUAAUAAAAAAGUUAUGACUAUUUAAUAGAUAUGAUAAUUAUAUUCAGCAUCACUAUUCAAUGAUAAUAAAAACUAUUGCAUGGCUUUUCUGGUAUACCAUGAGGCCUUUUUGGUUCACUUAUGCGGCCGAUUCGCGUAGCCAUUUUUAUGACGGACUUCGGCGGAGUGACCCCCCUUGAAAUCGGUGGGCGUGGCUUCACUCUCGCUGUCGAAAGGUCAAUUAUGUCAAUGAAUUUGUUGUUUUGUUUUUUUAACAUUACUUGAUUUCAUUUAACUAUGUAGCUUGUUGAUAAAAACUUCAUAAUUUCAAAGACAAUUGCAAACUUGUGUUUAUUUCAAAUAUAGCAUUUUUUUCAUUAAAAUGUCAUUUUGAAAUGAACCACUUAAAACAACUUGAUGUAGGAUUUUUAUGCAUUUGCCUUAAAUAUGGUCCUGUUGUUUCCCCAUUGUAGAACAUGUUCACAAAAUAUAACAUAUGAAGUGACUGGUGAUGUAUUAUGAUUGGGUGCCCUGUGAGAAUAAUUAUAUAGGAUAUUUUUAUAUAAUCUUCUUGGUGUGUGACUCAACCGCUGUGUAAAUAGCUUUUCCUUCAUUGAGUUAACAUUAUUAUCAGAUCAGUUAAAAUUGUAGAAAAAUACUCAAAAUAAAUGAUUGAAUUAAU